AUGGCCACUCCGCCCGUCCAGUCGAUCAAGUGCGUCGUCACAGGUGAUGGUGCCGUCGGCAAGACAUGUCUGCUCAUCUCCUACACAACAAAUGCUUUCCCCGGCGAAUACAUCCCCACGGUAUUCGACAACUACUCUGCGAGCGUGACUGUUGAUGGAAGGCCCAUCAGCUUGGGGUUGUGGGAUACGGCCGGUCAAGAAGAUUACGACAGACUGCGGCCUCUCUCAUACCCCCAGACCGAUGUUUUCCUCAUCUGCUUCUCCCUCGUCAGCCCUCCUUCGUUUGACAACGUGAAGGCCAAGUGGUGGCCCGAAAUCGGACAUCACGCUCCCAAUAUUCCCAUUGUGCUGGUUGGCACCAAGCUGGACGCCAGAGAUGACCCUAAUACGCUCAAGACAAUGGCCGAGAAGCGGUGGUCGCCUAUUACCUACCCCAUGGGAUUGGCCCUUGCCAAGGAGAUUGGAGCUUACAAGUACGCCGAAUGCUCUGCCUUGACACAGAUGGGUCUCAAGACCGUCUUUGACUAUGCCAUCAGAGCCGUCAUUGAGCCCAAGGCCGCUCCUCAGACGAAGAAGAAGUCGUCCAAGUGCACGCUCCUCUAA